GGCCUCUCCAAGCACGCAUGUCCCUCCUCACUUCCACCAUCAUCGUCCUCGAACUCCUCGUGGCAUCCGUACUCUCCAUCGCCACAUGGCUCUUCUGUGGUAACAGCCUCCUCGGCCAUCGUCUGCGCAUCUCGCACGUCCGCCUCGGCCUUCACGCUCUCAUCGUCGAAGGCGUCAGAUACCGCUACACCGGACGAGGGCAGGUCGACGUCCAUUACGACUUCUCGGUCGAACGCCUGUCCUUCCGCCUACACGUGCCCACGCCCUCCCACCCGCGGUACGCCUCCUUCGGGGCCGGCAACCUGAGCGCCUCCGAUCCCCUCUACGAAUAUUCUCUGUCGGAAGCUACGCUCACGCUUUGGGUAUUCCCAUGCCUGUUCGGCGUUACAGCGGGCUCCUGGGCGAGCCUGGCGCUAUCAGAAUUCCGCAUGAUUGUCAAGUCUUCGCGGUCCACGCCGUGGUGGGUAGCCGCCAUCCGGAGAAAUGUGGUCCAUAGCCUUCUGACGGGCGAAGUCCUGCGAUGCGACCAUUUCCGCUCGGCCGCACGCAUGCAACCUCUCCCGAGCCUCGACGAAUAUGGCCACAUAGAUAAGCAUCCCGAGCAGGACGAAGUCACGAUACAGACAACUUGGGAGCGUCUCCAUCUCCUUAACCAUGAACAGUAUAGAAUGUACACUUGGCAAGAGAUGAAUUCGGGACUGCGGGAGGAUUGGGUCGAUGGAAGAGGCUUCCUGAAAAUCGUCUCAAAAGAUGUCAAAUGGGUACGAGUCCACAAGCAGGAGCCUUUGCAUCGGCCGUCAUUAUGGUCUAUCAUGAAUGCACUUGUCGAUUUUUCGGGUGAACUAUUGGCGCUCACCCAGCAACCUUCUCACCGGUUGGACAUCUACCUAUCAGAAUGUUCCGUAGUCUUCCAGGAUUUCCGGAUACGUGACGCAGAGCUUUAUAAACAAGGCAUGGCGUUGCUCAGCGGCAAGUUCUUUAGUGCCAAGGAGGAGAUUAAGGAUCAGUUGUGGGACGCACUAGUUGAACUCAUUGCUCCUUGAUGAAAUAAAAGUUCGCGUUGCGUGGCCAUCGUAAUAACAGCGCGUCGUAAUAGUAAUACAC